UCCACCUCAUCACCCGACUUCUCCUCUCGUCGCCGAUCUAUCAACCGAAACGUCGAAAAAUUUGUUGGCCGAGUCUCGAUCUCUGGAGCUCGAAUCUCUCCACUCCGUCAUCUCCGACCGCCUGAACCACGACUUCAAGAUCCACCGCAGCAAGCGGAGACGGACUACGGGUUAUCGGAGUUCAAAGCAGAGGAUCCGAAAAGACCUCCGUCUCGGAUUCUGGUUCGAAUCCGAAGACUUCGUGUCGGGUUCUUAGGAGAUUGGAGCUGCAAUCGAAUCCGGGAUUGGGUUUCGUGAGGCCCGGCGACGGGACGAAGAGGCUGAGGACGCAUCUGCCGCAUGCGAAGAGGUGGGGGUUUUUAUUUGCCCCUCGGUGUCUGUCCCGAUCAAACCAAAGAAGAGAACGCCCAAAAUCGAGGGCUCGUCAUCGCCCUGCUCUCGUUCUCGAUUGCUCCCAUCAAAAGAAGCCAUAUUUGCUUAUUUUCUUUCGAUUUUUUUUUCUAGUUUUUUUUGUUAGAAAUUGAGAUCGAAAUCAAGGAGGGGGAGCACAUAUGGAUAUUAUUUGAGGGAAUGAUGCGCUUUGAGUUGGGGUUUCGGUCGAUAGAUCGACGGCGAGAGGAGAAGUCAAGUGAAGAGGUUAAAUCUGGUUGCCACAAUCAAGGACCGAGCCAAUGAAAUAUACAAGAAGGUGGAAAGCCUUAGAUCUAUUAAAGGAAGAAACCAAGAUGCAAUUAUGGCUGCUUGUCUAUACAUUGCUUGUCGACAAGAGGAGAAGCCUCGCACUAUAAAGGAGAUAUGCUCCGUUGCAAAUGGUGCUACGAAGAAGGACAUUGGUCGAGCAAAAGAUUUCAUUCAGAAGCAGUUAGGGCUUGAAAACGAUCCAUCAAUACAGGAUAUGUGUACUAUUAGCGCAGGAGAUUUUAUGAGACGUUUCUGUUCAUCUCUUGGUAUGAAUAAUCAAGCCGUUAAAGCUGCUGAAGAAGUCGUCGAGAAAAUAGGAGAGCUUGAUAUAAGGAGGAGCCCCAUAUCUAUUGCAGCAGCAAUUAUUUACAUGAUAACACAAUUAUCAGAAGAGAAGAGACUUCUAAGAGAUAUAUAUUUGGCAACAGGAGUAGCAGAAAGUACGAUACGAAACUCAUACAAGGAUCUGUAUCCUUAUGCUUCGACGGUCAUUCCAGAAUGGUUUGCGAAGGAUAAGGAUCUUAAAACCCUCUACAGCUCAUAAUUUUGUCAUCAGUUGUAUACAGAUAGAUGAAGCCCUAGUGUUGGUGUCAACAGAUUUACUGAUAUGGCCGCUCUACAAUUUCUUGUAAAUUUGAUGGACCCCUUAAACAUUUUUUUUUCUCGAGAUACAGCAGCAGAGAGAGAAAUGUAACUAGUAGGAUUUUUUUUUUUGAUUAUUUUAGAUUGUUUCAUCCAUUUCAUGAGUCAGUAAAUAUUUGUUCU